CUCUCUGCACCGCACCACCCCAGCCAUGAAGCACAUCCCGGUGCUCGAGGACGGGCCGUGGAAGACCGUGUGCGUGAAGGAGCUCCACGGCCUCAAGAAACUCAAGCGCAAAGGCAAGGAGCCGGCGCGGCGUGCCAACGGCUAUAAAACUUUGCGCCUGGACUUGGACUUAGAAGUGCCCGAGACCCGGGCCACCCAUGCCAACAACGCCAACGCCAACGGGCUGCGGGACGGGACUCCGCGGCUGCAGCCCUGCCCGGUUCCGCCGGUGCCCUCGUCGGUUCGGGGCGCGGACACGGUGUCGGAGGUGCUGGACGCGCGCAAACGCGGCUUCGCUCCCCUGGGCGCAGUGGGACCCGGACUCCCCACGCCGCCUCCACCUCCACCUCCACCACCACCUCCUCCUUCGGCACCCCAAAGCCAGGGAGCUGCGGGUCCCGAGGUGCAGCCGUUCCGGGAAGCCGGCUUACCGUUACGUCCCCGCAUCUUGCUGUGCGCUCCGGCGGCGCCCGCGCGCCCCGCGCCCCCCGAGCCCUCGGCGCGCCCCGCGCCCCCCACGCGCCCCGGGGAAAGUUCUUACUCGUCCGUGUCGCACGUCCUGUACAAUCCCCACCCGGAUGCCUCCGCGUCGCCUAGGAAACGCUCGGGCGAGGCCACCGCCGCCCCCUCGGAGAUCAAAGCCCUGCAGCAGACGCGGAGGCUCCUGGCCAACGCGCGGGAGCGGACGCGCGUGCACACCAUCAGCGCAGCCUUCGAGGCGCUUCGGAAGCAGGUGCCGUGUUAUUCAUACGGGCAGAAGCUGUCCAAGCUGGCCAUCCUGAGGAUUGCCUGCAACUACAUCCUGUCGCUGGCGCGGCUGGCUGACCUGGACUACAGCGCCGACCACAGCAACCUCAGCUUCUCCGAGUGUGUGCAGCGUUGCACCCGCACACUGCAGGCCGAGGGCCGUGCCAAGAAGCGCAAGGUGGAGGGCUUUCAUCCUAGUGAAGAAGAGAGCAAAGAGGAGGAAAGUAGAAAAGCGGCUGAUGUCAGUGGUGGCUCAGAGGAUGGUCCUUCAUCUCUGGGCCUCACAGGCAACGCCUCAGAGCAUUUGGCAGCUGCACCCCCAGGCACCCUGUGGUCCCUGUGCUCCAGGGGUGAGCCAGUGCCAGGGGGCAGCGCCUGGCUGGAGCAACAGCUUUUCUGUGGGCAGCGGCUGAGGCAUGUCAAGGCUCCAUUUAGCUGCAAGGAGCCAACAGUCUGCUGGGGGUGA